AGCUGCAGUGCCAGGAUGCUGCCUCUGUCGGUGCAGGCGUUCUGCUGCCUUCCUGGGUCCCGCCGCAGUCUUCUUGCUCAACCGUUGGGUGCACAGGAUGGAAACAGCGCUCCCCUAUUUGGAAGACAGCGCGUGGCUUGGCUGCAUAGAGUCAUUGCUGGAGACUGAAACGGCAGGGGGUUUCUCAGGCUUUCUCUAGCCUGUCUAUAUUGGAGGAAAGGGGGCACUCCAUGCCUGACAGGCCCAAGAAGAUGGAAAGACAAGUGGGAGGCGGGAUCCUCAGUCGCUUCCGCAAACGACUGCCUCUACACCGAGCAGGACCUCCCCAGGAGAAUCUGGGAGAAGUAGUGAAGGAACCAGAAAGAGCCCUGGAGCACUGUCUACCCAACUUUGCUGGAGGGCAGCACUUCUUUGAAUACCUCCUCGUGGUUUCUCUCAGAAAAAAGCACUCAGGGGAAGAUUAUGAGCCCAGGAUCAUCUACCAGUUUCCCAAGCGAGAGAACUUGCUUCGGGGUCAACAAGAGGAGGAGGAGCGGCUGCUCGGAGCCAUCCCCUUGUUUUGCUUCCCAGAUGGGAACGAGCGGGCCCCACUCACUGAGUGUCCCAGGGAGACCUUCUCGUUCGUUCUGACCAAUGUGGACGGGAGCAGGAAGAUUGGAUACUGCAGGCGCCUCUUGCCCGACGGCCGUGGUCCUCGCCUCCCCAGGGUGUACUGCAUCAUCAGCUGCAUCGGCUGCUUCGGCUUGUUCUCCAAGAUCCUGGAUGAAGUGGAAAAGAGGCAUCAAAUCUCCAUGGCCAUCAUCUACCCAUUCAUGCAGGGCCUCCGAGAGGCAGCUUUCCCCGCUCCUGGGAAGACUGUCACCCUCAAGAGCUUCAUUCCUGACUCAGGCACUGAGUUCAUUUCCCUGACACGGCCCCUGGAUUCCCACCUAGAGCACGUGGAUUUUCGUUCUCUCAUGCGUUGCCUCAGUUUUGAGCAGAUUCUUCAGAUCUUUGCCUCUGCAGUGCUGGAAAGAAGAAUCAUCUUCUUGGCAGAAGGUCUCAGCACCCUGUCUCAGUGCAUCCAUGCUACUGCCGCGCUGCUCUACCCCUUCAGCUGGGCCCACACCUACAUCCCCGUGGUCCCCGAGAGCCUGCUGGGAACUGUCUGCUGCCCCACUCCCUUCAUGGUUGGAGUCCAAAUGCGCUUCCGGCAGGAGGUUUUGGACAGCCCCAUGGAAGAGGUCCUGUUGGUGAAUCUUUGUGAAGGAACCUUCUUAAUGUCAGUUGGUGAUGAAAAAGACAUCCUACCACCCAAGCUUCAGGAUGACAUCUUAGAAUCUCUUAGUCAGGGCAUCAAGGAGUCACAGACUUCUGAACAAAUCAAUGAGCAUGUUUCAAGGCCUUUUGUGCAGUUCUUUGUCAAGACUGUGGGCCACUAUGCUUCCUACAUCAAGCGGGAGGCGAAUGGGCAAGGCCGCUUCCAAGAACGGGCCUUCUAUAAGGCUCUGACCUCCAAGGCCAACCGCCGGUUUGUGAAGAAAUUUGUGAAGACACAGCUCUUCUCCCUUUUCAUCCAAGAAGCCGAAAAGAGCAAGAACCCUCCUGCAGAUUAUUUCCAAAAGAAAAUACUUGAAUAUGAGGAACAGAAGAAACAGAAGAAACCAAAGGAAAAGACUGUGAAAUAAGAGCUGUGGUGAACAGGACUGCCUAAACCUAUAGGCCAGUAGUGGACUUUGACCCCUGCCAGCACGGUAUGAUGUGAAGCUCUCAGUCAAUAGAAUCCACAGCCUUCUUCAGAGUCCUGGUAACCAGGUCUUGCUUCAGGUUGGUGUCUUGAGUUUGGGAUUUCUGAAAUCAGCUUUCUCAAGACUUUGGAAGGCUCGGACCUCUGUGCUCACAGAGCUGGGCACAUAGCUGCCUUUUAUGCAGAGGUGACACAGGGCAAGGAACAGUAGUAGAGGUGGUGUAGAGCCCCAGAAGUUUCUGGAACUGCCCUCUCCCAGGAAGCACUAUUACAAAAUCCUCUACAGAGAAACAAGUUGUCGCCCAAAUGUUCAGUUUCUUCACAUAUAAACAGAGGUCUGUGGACAUGUGAGGAUAAGAAUAAAGACGAAAAUCUUGCUCUUUACAUGUGUAUCUCUGGCUUCCACUGUGGAGAGAUAACCAGCAAAACAAGGCAAGAGAUGUGAGAAUAAACUGGACUAGAUGCGGAGGACUGGCAACAGUGCCCAGAACUCUGGUGCUGUGUCUGGGAAUGAUGGGCACCAGGAGAGCCUUCUGCUAGAAGAGGUGAGGGAUACUGGUAACAGCAGCAGCAGCACUGAGGAUACAGCAGUGGUUCUUGGUUCAAGUUAGGUGUGUUUUCCAGAAUCCUGGGGCGAAAGGCUGCUAGCCUUUCGUGAAAUAUCUGAAGUUGAGAGUGACUUGACAGUAGGAAUCGCAGCUGAAGAAGGCAGUGAAGAACACUACAUUGUUUCCAUCAAUAGGUCUGUCUGGCCAUCACUUCCAGUUUGGAACGUUCCAUUUUAGACAUCCUACUUCCAACUUCAUUAUUUUGAGAAGCUAGUUCAACUCUUUGGCUAAGGGCAGAGGGAUCUCCACAUUGACAUUUUUUUCUCUCGGAAGAAAAGAGAAUCAUCAUCUUAAAAGUCCAAAGUUUAGUAGUCACCUGGUCCUUCUUCCCUCUGUAUCUCUACUGACAGCUUCUGUUUAAAUACUGUAAGGGAUGGGAAACUUUUAGAAGCAUCCUUUUUUU